GAGCCGCUGCAGCCAGCGGCGAGGACAAGAACAGCGGGGGCAAGAUUCCCGCACCCGUCUUCGACGGCACGAGCAAGACAAUGAAGAAGUUCAGCCGAGAAGUCGCCACCUGGCAGAUUGGCACCGAGGUCGAGCUGCCCAAGCACGGCGCGACGCUUUUGGCCAGCCUCAAGGGCGAGGCCGAGGAGGCGCACGAGGAGCUCGACCUGGAGACCAUCAAGGGCGACGACUCGGUAGAGGUUUUCUUGGAAUACCUCGGGAAGCGCUUUCACGAGAUCUCAGCAUUGGAGUUACCAGCGCUCCUGGAGACACUCGCGAUGCCGGCGCGCGCCCGGCACAGGUCUGAGGAGAUCCGCGAUUUCAACAAUCGCUUCAACAGCAAAGCGACGCAGCUGAAAGCUAAGGACAUACCGGUGCCCGACGAGGUCUUGGCCGACCUGCACAUCAAGGGCGCCCGCCUGCCACCAGAGCGCGCGGCGAGCGUGCUCAACUGCGCGGGCAACAAGUUCAAUCCGACGAAGAUCCAGGAGCAGCUCAUGAUCAAUCUUCCCAAAGCAUCGGUCGCGGACGGCCACAAGGAGCAUCACCACGACAAAGGCGGCUACGGAGGUCACAAGGAUGACCACAAGAUGGCGCACGCCACGGAGGCCCACGACGAGGACGUGAUAGACGAGGCGGAGAAGCAGGUGGCUUUCUCCACCAAGAGGAUGGCGCGCGCCAAGGACAAGCUAAAGGAGGCCAAGCAGGCGCGCGGCUACUUCGCCAAGCGAGACGGCGGGCAUCCUCCGAAGAAGGACGAUGCCAAGAUCGCCAAGAUGAAGGCGAGGACGCACUGUGGAGCUUGUGGCCAGAAGGGCCACUGGCGCGGCGACCCGCAGUGCUCCAAGGAGAACGACCCCAACGCGAGGGCCGACAUCCCGCGAAAGGGAAGUCACAAGACGAACAUGACUGCGAACGACGGGGCCGGCGACGCGCAGGAGCCCCACGUCGCGGAGAUGACGGUCGCGGCGGUCUACCAGCACGAGCAGCCGAGAGCGGCGCGAAAUCGGAGGAAGGUCACCUUCGGCAACGCGCUGCACGACAGUGACUGGACGAGCCUGCGCCAGCGGGCCAACAUACCCGAGGAGUUGACGGCCGCCUCGUUCUACAUCAACAGGGACAAUCAGCGCCUCAUGGCUGCGACGUGUUCGGCGCUCAUCUACAUCAGCGCCGAAGACCUACUCAAGGAGUCGGGCGGCAGGCUGACUUUCGACACCGCCUGCUCGCGGUGCGUCGGCGGCCAGGACUGGCACAACGAUGUCAAGAAGAAGAUGGCGGCCUUCAACAUCCAGCCGAUCGAGUACCCGGAAAAGGAGCCGUUCCGCUUCGGAGCGUCCAGGGUGGUGUACGGCCUCAAGGCGGCGCUGAUUCCCUGCUCGGUGAAUUGCAAGGCCUUUUCCGUGCGCGUGAGCAUCGUGCGCAGCGCCGUGCCGGGACUGUUCAGCCGCCAGGCCCAGAGCGAACUGGACGUCGUCUACCACGCGGGGGGCAACAAGCUGGACAUCUCAAGCUGCACGCCAAGCUACAAGCGCGUGUCGGACGUCUCGGACACCAGGACCGAGAUCCGGCUGCAUCCUUUUGCGACUUACCACGCUGAGACAGCCGUGGCCAGCGCCGCCAAGCCGGCAGCGCCCGAGCGCUGCGACCAAGGAGUCGCCUCGGAGGCCGACGAGUCUCAGUCGGAGACUGACUGCGACGAGCUCGAUAGCGCUGAACUGUUCGAGCAGCAACGGCCGGAGUUCAUGCCCCCGUCGCAGCGGAAAUGUACGACAUCUCCCAGGGCGACGAACCCGGAAGCCAGCUGCUCGAAUACGCCGACGCCGAGUACUUCCCGCCUGCCGGCGAUCUCCAGCAUGCGGAUGGGGGACCUACAGGCGGAGGUGGCAAGCUACGAGUUGGAUGUGCGCGACGCGACGUGCGACCAGCUCCGCGCCAUCCUGCGCGCGCUGAGGGCCGAGGGCCAGGACAAGAAGGCGCAGGACAUCCCCGGGCUCGGCAAGAUGCACAAGCACGAGCUCCAGGAGUUGCGCAGGAUGAAGGACAUCGAUUACGACCAGCACACGACCGUGCCGGAGCUCAGGCAGCGCCUGAAGGGCUGGAAGGUCGAGAACGCGGUCAGCGGCACCGAGAGCAACGUGGCCCAUCCAAGCUCGCAGAUCACGGGGAACGACAAGAUGCGCUUCGGCAAGUACCCGACCGCGGAUUACCGCUGGGUGCUCAAGAACGACCUGGGUUACGCGCGGUGGGCGGUGCUGGAGCUGGACAACGGCCGGGCGAGCCCGCUCCUGGCGCGCUUCGGCAGGUGGGUCCAGGCUCACGGAGUGAAGCCGCUCGAGCCAGAGAAGGCCAAGACCGCCAUCGAGGCGGCGAGGCCGGUCGAGGGGCACGAGAUGCGACCACGGCUUCCAGAAGGCAUCAAGAAGGGCAAGCGCGUCGGCCUACUCUACCAGGUCACGGGCUUGCUGAGCGCCUUCGCUUUUUCAGGCGGUGCUCACGGUGGACUGGCUGUCCCAACCUCUCAAGCCGUUCGCUCAGUAUACGACGAGCGCCGCGCUGGACGUGGCGGACCACAUGAGGAAGUCAAGGAGGUCUACACCGUCCGGAGCCACGGCGUGGACGUCAUGCAGGUGUUCGGAGCCGAAGGCGGUAUUACCGAGGCGGCAGUGCGCCGCAACAUGACAGCCACGGAGGUGAUCGACCGUAAGUACGGCUGGGACCUUCGCAAGCAGAUGGACCUCGAGAUGACGCACGAGCGGUACGACGCAUCGAGGCCGAAGUUCGCGUCGAUCGAGCUACCCUUCACCUACUACAUGAACAUUACGCACCUCAACUUCCGCACGCCGCAGGGCAAGCAGACGAGGGGGCUCAUCAAGCACCCCACCAAGCUGCUCCUCACCCACAAGGAGUUCGAGCGGCUACGCCGCACCUGCAGCCACACGCACCACGACCAGACGUUUGGGGGCAACGUGGCGGGGCGGAAGUGUGGCGUUUAUCCAGCCAAGUUCUGCCGAGAGGUGGCGCGCAUCGUCGAGCAGAUCAUUCGCCAGCAGGGUGGGCCUCGCGCCUACCAGGUGGACUGCAGCGCUUCCUCGUCGCCCUUCAUUGCGACGGAGUUGAAGGAGCAGGCCACCGCCCACGUGAACGACAUCACGCCCCUGGGAGAGACGGGCGAGCCGAUUGGGGGCCCAGACCCCAUGGGCGGCGAAGACGACUUCGCCGACACUCACGACGUGAAGGCCGACGAGACUGUGGACGGCAGGAUCGGGGCCGGCGCGAUCAAUUUCACAGAGAAAGCAGCAGCCUGCUGCAAGCCAGCCGAGCUGGUCAUGCUCAAGAGACCCCACGUCGACUUGGGCCAUCCGUCCAAUGAGGACUUGGGCCGCAGUCUGCGACUCAAGGGCGCUAAGUCGGCCACCGUGCAGGCCGUCAAGAGGCUGAUCUGUGGAGUGUGCCGCUCGCAGCAGCGCCCGAGCGCAAGGAGACCAGCGCACCUCCACUUCGUGCAAGAUUUCGGCGACGACGGGGAGUUCGCUACGGCCUUCGAGAGGUGCUGGGCCUCCUGGGCCGGCGUCCUGGACCGAGUCCACUUCGACAUGGAGAGGGGGUUCGGCGGCGUUCUCAGCGAGCUGCUCCAGUCUUUCGACACGGUGCAGCUACCUAUCGCUGGACAGGCCCACUGGCAGCUCGGUCGAGUGGAACGUCAGGGAGCCUGGUGGAAGGAGCUCGCUGCAAGGACGAUCGAGCACUUGUCGAUCAGGGGCGAGGACGGGAUGCGGACGCUGGGCAUCGUGGUGUCGGACGCGAAGAACUCGCUGACGAGGCGGGCCGGCUUCAGCCCCGCGCAGUGGGUGCUGGGACGCGAUCCCAAGAUGCCCGCCGACCUGGUGGACGACACGGCCAACUACAGCGCCCACAGUCUCGCCACCAAUGACGAGAAGAUUCGCCGCCGAUAUGUUAUUCGGACGGCGGCGCGCGAGUCGUUCAUGCGGAUGCAGAACGACAACCAGCUCAGACGAGCUAUGCUGGCUCGCGCGCGCACCGUGGCCACAACCUUGUCAGUGGGCGAGAUGUGUUACAUUUUCCGCAAAGUCAAGAAGAAGUAG